AUGACAUCGGAGAAACAUACGGUCGAGGAUUUCCUCCCUGAGCACGAGGGGAGAUUCAAGUAUGUUCGCCAAUACUGGGUUGACUACUCGGGCGUCCUGCGCGCCCGCUUCAUCCCGAUCGACCGAUGCCUCCGAAUCGCUGAAGGAACUGAAAACUACCAUCUCGCACAAGGCAGCAUGAUCAUUCCGAUAUCGACCGCCCCCAAGGUACUCUCCCUAGGCGACCGUCACGAAACUUGGGAGCUGGUUCCGGACUGGUCGUCGCUUCGUCCUUGCGGCUCCAACCACGAUCAUGCCACUGUCAUGUGUUCUUUAUAUGAGAAGGGUUCCUCUGAGAAAUGCCCACGAAAAUUGCUGGAAGGUGUCCUGGGAGAAUUCAGAAUCAGUUUUAAUUCUACAUUCCUCCUUGGGUUCGAGAUUCAAUUCAUGCUUCUGGACCCAUCGGGCGAAGUCCAUAAACCCAUGGACCGCCUCAACGGCAGCUUCAGAACUGCUGGGCUCAGGACCGAAAUGCUUGAUAUCAUGGACGAGAUUCUCCAAGCACUCCGCACGUCCAAUAUUCCCAUCCAGCACUUCAACACUGGACUUGCCGAUCAGCUUAAAAUUUCCCUGAUACCAGAGACACCGCUCGAAGCCAUUGAUAGCCUGAUACUCGCACAAGUAACGAUCCGAACGAUCUGCCUGCGUCACAAUCUUCGAGCCACUAUGGCCCCCAAGCCUUUGCUGAACGGGCCUUUUAAUUGUGUUGAUCUCCAUCUCUCUACCCAAAGUUUUCAUCCGGAAUAUGCAGACAACUUCCUGGCUGGGAUACUUGCCCAUGUGAGAUCACUUUGCGCAUUUGGACUGGCCAACUUUGAUAGUUACGUCCGCGCUGUGAAUGGAUAUGCUGGUGAAUCAUUGGUUUCGGGACAGACAACCGUGACCUCUCAGCGAGCAAGAAACUCUCCGGACCUCCCUGAAACAAGCCAGAGGACUGCCCAUGGAUUGACUGUGAAGAUGCCCGGCAGCUUGCAAGAGGCGCUCGACCACCUGAAGGAAGAUUCUGUGAUGCGAGACAUACUAUCUCGUAACUUUCUGAACUGCUAUACCCCUCUAAAGGAGAAGGAGGUGGAAGAGUUUGCCAAGAUGACGGAGGAGGAGAGGCGGUUGCGAUUCCUGAAGUAUUUCUAG